AUGAAGGCCAUCAUUCUCGUCGGAGGGUUCGGAACCCGUCUGAGGCCUCUUACCCUCACCUACCCCAAGCCGCUCGUCGAGUUCGCGAACAAGCCCAUGAUCCAGCAUCAGAUCGAGGCAUUGGCAGACGCCGGCGUCACCGACAUCGUGCUCGCCGUCAACUACAGGCCCGAGGUCAUGGCUGAGGCCCUCAAGACCUAUGAGCAGCAGUACAAUGUCAAGAUCGAGUUCUCCGUCGAGACCGAGCCUCUGGGCACCGCCGGCCCCCUCAAGCUUGCCGAGCGCAUCCUCGGCAAGGACGACUCCCCCUUCUUCGUCCUCAACGCCGACGUUACCUGCGAAUACCCCUUCAAGCAGCUCGCCGAAUUCCACAAGCAGCACGGUGAGGAGGGCACCAUUGUGGUGACCAAGGUUGAGGAGCCGUCCAAAUAUGGUGUCGUUGUGCACAAGCCCAACCACGCCUCGAGGAUAGACCGCUUCGUUGAGAAGCCCAUCGAGUUCGUUGGCAACCGCAUCAACGCCGGUAUCUACAUCCUCAACCCCUCCGUGCUCCAGCGCAUCGAGCUCCGGCCUACCUCUAUCGAGCAGGAGACCUUCCCUGCUCUCGUCAAGGAUGGCCAAUUGCACUCCUUCGACUUGGAGGGCUUCUGGAUGGACGUCGGUCAGCCCAAGGACUUCUUGUCCGGAACCUGCCUCUACCUCUCCUCCCUGACCCGCCAGGGCUCAGACCUCCUUACACCCACUACCGAAUCCUAUGUUCACGGCGGCAAUGUCCUCAUCGACCCCUCAGCCAAGAUCGGCAAGAACUGCCGCAUCGGACCCAACGUCACCAUUGGCCCCAACGUCGUCGUCGGCGACGGUGUCCGACUACAGCGAUGCGUUAUCCUGAAGAACAGCCGCAUCAAGGACCACGCCUGGAUCAAGUCGACCAUCGUUGGCUGGAACAGCAGUGUCGGCAAGUGGGCUCGUCUCGAGAACGUAACUGUUCUUGGCGACGACGUCUCCGUCGGCGACGAAGUCUACGUCAACGGCGGCUCCGUCCUGCCCCACAAGUCGAUCAAAGCUAACAUCGACACCCCCUCCAUCAUCAUGUAA